CGCCAAAAGGCGCAGAGAAAACGCGCGGAUCUAUCAGUCGAUGGCUGUGGACAUCAACAGCCAUUGCGAGCGCACGGAAUCGCUGAAGAAGUUGCGAGACUUAGAGGUCGAGAUCCGGCGAUUGCAGACCUCGAGGGCUCAGUUGGACAGUAAGAUCGAGGCGCGUAGGGAUCAGUUCCGGGUGAUGGUAGAGGCGGCCCAACAGCUUAAUGUCUUAUAUAAUGAGGAUACGGAGGUGUCGAUCGAUAGGGAGGUUUCGAUCGAUAGGGAGGUUUCGAUCGAUAGGGAGGUGUCGAUCGAUAGGGAGGUGUCGAUCGAUAGGGAGGUUUCGAUCGAUAGGGAGGUGUCGAUCGAUAGGGAGGUGUCGAUGGAUAGCGGGGUGUCGAUGGAUAGGGAGGUGUCGAUGGAUAGGGAUGUGGUGUCCGUGGCUAAUGCUAUGGUCGAUGAUAUCAGUGAUAAUGAAAUGGACAUGGAUUUCGGGGAUUAG